GCCGUGUGUCAGCUUGGUGACAGGUGAUGGUUGGAUUAUAUAAUCUGCCGCAUACACCCAGCCCUGUGUACUUUGAGUUGAUGAAUUCUCUCCUCUGCCAAGUUGCCAACCCACUCGAGACACUCUCCCCAACGAGGACAACUAGGUUGAAGGUGAUCAGGAUCAGUACACCUAUUACAUACAGAUGAGAAACCAUCAACACUCCGAUCAAUCAUCGUCUCAGGAUUUUUAUCGUAUCUUCGCCAGGUGCUAAAGAUCUGGAUCGUACACGAAUUAAUCACGCCAAUUUGCAUCCAAGAAAACCCUCAUCAUCCGGGACCACACUUUGUUCAGCAGCCUUAUUAUUACCCUCAUCAUCUCAACCCAAGAAAACCGCUCAAAGGCGAGCUGUGACUUGAACCCGGUGGAUGUGCUCACCAAUAUCAAAUGCCCAACUCAACCAAUCGUUCCUCAAGCCACCCAAUCCGCAACGUGAAGACAUCUGAAUCUGAUAGGCUCGGUAGUACGGAAUUUGAUCCUGAAAUAGAUGAGCUCGCCUCACCAGCUGUAAACGAAGAUUUGGCUGAUUCUUCUCGGGACGGCUUCAUCCAAUCUCACUCCCAAUCCACCGACAACAUUACCAGCGCUUCUACAGUAUCAUCCACCAAACCCCGCAACCAUCCCACCAAUGUCAACAAUACAACGGCUUCAUCAGGACCCAUCGGACUCCAGGCUGACCAUGUCUAUCGCUCUCAGUUGUCACCUUGGCGGUUCAAAAUUCGGUCGAUCUUGUUGGUGACGCUCGACAAAGAGAUGCCGAUUCUAGAAUCGAUCCAGCGUAGCUACCGCUCCGGGCCUCUCGAUCGACUGAUGAUCCAUUCCUCAUGGCUCGGCUCCCACCAAUUCUUCAUCGUAGCCUUACCCUUAAUCUUCUGGCUCGGCGACCAUCACUUCGGACGAUCGCAAGUUUAUAUCCUCGGGAUGUCGGUCUAUUUCACUGGGAUCUUGAAAGAUUUGUUCUGCAUUCCUCGGCCCUAUUCGCCCCCGAUCGAAAGACUAAGUAUCAGUAAUCAUGCCUCUGAAUACGGAUUCCCAUCCAGUCAUUCUGCCACCUCCGCUUCCACUUUUCUCAUGGGAUUACAAUUCACUCUUCAUGUUCAGUCUAUCAGCCACCAGUUGGGCCUUUUUCUUGGCCUGAUUCUCUACGGAUUCUUGUUAGUCUUUGGAAGGGUAUACUGCGGGAUGCAUUCGAUCCAGGAUGUGAUCUGUGGUUGGAUGAUGGGCGUUUUUGCCUGGACGAUCUAUCAGGUUUUUGGCGAAGCGGUCGAACGAUGGGCGACAAGUUCACAAGCAUCAGUCCCAGCGGUUCUGAUCAUCUGCGGUCUGAUGCUCACAGCUGCCCACCCGCAACCGGUGGACGAUUGUCCCUGUUUUGAAGAUAGUACUGCCUUCGUCGCUGUUUCAGUGGGCGUGAUGAUUGGCCAUCGGAUCGCCAACGAUCUCAUUCUGCGACAGAUCAACGAUUCGUAUUUAUCCGGAUUACGGUUCCCCCAAGCGCUCAUCAAGGUCUUACUGGGCUUGAUGGUCAUCUUCGGAUGGCGCUUCUUGAUGAAGGAAAUCCUCUCCCGUCUCCUCCCGCCGCUCUUCAGAUUCUUUGCCCCGCUUCUCGAGCUCCCUCGGAAGCACUAUGCGCCGACCAAGGACUACAGCCGCUACCGAGACGAGUUGCGUGAGCGCGGUCGACGGACGGGCUUGCGGGCCAGGUUGAUCCCCUCCGUCGUCGACUUGCCCAAUAUGUCGCAUACACUCAGGAACCGGUUCUCGCCCGACAGUCCGUCCGACCCAUUGGUUGGCCAGCCCACUCAAGCUCUGCAUCCUGCUCUACAUAACCGGACGCCCAAUGCCAUCGAACUGGACCCCCUUCUCGACCCUCAAAAGCACUCUCCUCUCGACUCCAAACCUCCUCCUGCCCCGCCCUCUAAACGCUACGACGUUGAUGUCCUGAUGAGGUUAAUCGUUUAUGUUGGCAUCGGAAUGCUAUCUAGUGGACUCUUACCCAUGUUUUUCGAACGAAUCGGAUUGAAUUCAUAGAACUUUCUCAAUUAUUGAUGAUCAUAAUUUGUCGCUUUUCUCUUAUAUUUCGGCAUCGGGGGGGGGGGGGUUCGUUGGCUCAUGCCUAUUGUUUUGGGGUUUGGCUUGGAGAUACCGUCCAUAAUCCUUAGGGUAGACUCCAAACAAUGUACAGGGGCACUUGAUUUUGAUCAUGUUUUCUUCUCCCUUUUCUUCUUCUUUUGAUCUUUGAAAAUCAAAUCGUUGAGCACUUGUUUCUGUGGAUUGCUGCUACAUAUUUGUUUAGCGUUACAUUUGUAAAGGGGAAAACUCCUCCUUCCAACCUAAACCUGAAUGGAACAUUCUCAUUUGAAUUGCUUCACCCUUUUUGUUGCUUCUACAUAGUAUUUUAACUUCUUCCUUGAUGUCACUGGGCAGACAUCAUUGGAAGCUUGUUGCAAUAUGGGUCCGAAUCAUUAAACGUAUUAUGAUGACCUUCAAGAUCAAAAUAAA